GCACACUGACGAAAGAGGAAAUGAGACAUAUUUUCAACGCAUACAGCGACAGUCGUUGUGUUGUAUCGAUAAGGGAUGUGUAGUUCUUUCCAGCUACCUCAAACAUGGGAUGCUUAAAGAUGUCUGCCCUGUUGGUGUCAGUGAUAGUGACAGGGCUAUCUGUCUACCUCUACACACCUAUACCUGACGAUCUGCCAGAACCCUGGAAACUCAGGAUAUACACAGCUGGAUUUAACUUACUACAACUUGUGGGCAGCUUUCUUGACUUCACAGGCUGUGGCAGCUAUGGAAAUACAUUACGCUUUUUAGACACCAUGGCAGAUAUCGGAUCAUCAUACCGCAAGCCCAGUCCACACCUUGAUGUCACAGACACGCUUUUUGAUGGUGUGAAAGUCACAAUAUACCGCCCCAAGAGUGUCAACACUCCCAGUCCAGCUCUGAUAUAUUUCCAUGGCGGAGGGUGGACAUUCGGAAGUAUUGCCUUAUAUGACAGCUUCACCAGACAAAUAGCUGAGUCAGCAAACAUACUGGUGGUGUCAGUUGAAUACCGCCUUGCUCCGGAGCACCCUUUCCCCAUCCCGUUUGAAGACUGUGUGACGGCCACACUACACCUGCUGCAGAAUCCACAACAGUACGGCGUGGACGGCACCAAGAUUGCUGUGGGAGGAGACAGUGCUGGGGGAAAUCUGGCUGCAGCCGUUACACUCAAACUUCGCAACAACAACUCCCACGCCUGUCGUUCCAGCUGCUUAUCUACCCUUGUGUUCAGCCUUUUGACUUCAAGCUGCCUUCCUACACAAAUCCCUUGAACUUUCUCCACAGGCCCUGAAGAUAUGGCUUGGUACUGGGCUGCCUACAUUGGACAGACAUCCCAUCCCGAUCUUGCUGAGGCAAUGUUACACAACCACCACACUUCACCAUCAGCAAAACUGUCAAAAUAUGCUGAUUUCGUUGAUGCCAAUGCCAAUUUGCCGAAGAGGUUUCUGAAGGAGGCAGCAGUGAGAGAUGUAGAUCAUGGAAAUGAGACCCUUUGGGAGGAGAUUGUAUCGAGGGCAACUGACCCAUUCUUGGCUCCUCUUCUUGCUGAGGAUUUCUCCGGAGUUCCUCCAACUCUGAUGGUCACAGCGGAGUAUGACGUGCUGCGAGAUGAAAGUAUCCUGUACGCUGAGCGUCUGAGAAGAGCAGGGAUUAAGGUGGAACACAGACAUUACAUUGCAAUACAUUCAAUACUGGUUGCGGAAGUUUUUGAAGUAGGGAGAGCAGCUAUAGCUGACAUGGCUAGUGAUCUCAAAAAACAUUUUUCUAGUGAUUAAGUUAGUGAGUUUAGUUUUACGCCGCACUCAGCGUCGGUCUGUAAAUAAUAGAGUCUGGACCAGACAAUCAAGUGAUCAAGAACAUGAGCAUUGAUCUACACAAUUGGGAUCUGGUAACGUGUCAACAAAGGCAGCAAGCCCGCCCA